CACGUGUGCAUUUGAGCAACAUAACUGGGUUAAGUGUUGAGUAGUUUGCAGAGAGGGAGAGGCGCCUUUGAUGGUGAUGAUGGUUCGUUCUCUAAUGGCGGCAGCAGCACCAAAUUCGUCGGCCACUACCAUUAGUAUUAGCAACAGCGCCAAUCACAAUGCUGCUGCAGGUAGUACUCCACCGCUGCCCUCGCAACUGGUAGUACCUCAGCCGUCCCGUCAUAGCUCGAUCACCCGCAGGUCUGUGGGCUUGAGUUUGACGGGUGGGCUAGUGGGCCUGAAGUUUGUUUCGCCGGAGGGCGCCAAUGCAGCGGCGAGAAGGCCUCCGCCGUCCCCGCCGGCAGAGAAGGAGGACCCAAACAUCAGCGGAGUCCAAGCGAAAAUUUUGGCUAGCAAGAAGAGAAAGGAAGCCAUGAAGGAUAUGGUGUCAAGGCUGAGAGAGCAAGGAAAAGCCUUGGAAUAGAAGAGGCCAUCGUAACAUGAUUUAUGUACAACUCCCUCGUUUGUUAUCGGACUAUUGAUCAUCAUUAAUCACCUAGUUUCAUUUCAUAUAUAUAUAUAAGACACUCUUUGCGUAUUCAUGGUACCAGUCCAUUGCUUAUAGAGCUUGUUUUUCAUUAACAAAUAGUUCAAAGCAUGAAAAAGAGUCUUGCCUAUAUAGGUGUUGUAUAGGGGUGUUCAGACGGUGUGGUAUUCAUUGAAACCGUUUUAAACGAUAGUAUUUGGCAAAUUUGGUUUGGUUAAUUUUGAUAAUGAUUUGGUUUGGUUAAACAUUUUAGUUUGUUUGGUUUAGGUGGUUUGGUUUAGUUUCAAACACUGUUAACCAAUCAAACCAAAUUAACAUGUUAAAUAAUUAGCCAUGGUAAUCAUUUAAAUACCCCUAGUGUUGUAAGCUACAACAAUAAAAUGAGAAGAUAAUC